GCAUCUGAUCACGUUUACGAAUCGAAAGCACUCGAUGCAAAGAUCAGUGGUGUUAUAAAGAGCACGGAUGGAAGCGGAUUCAUUGUGAAAGUGAAGUCUGGAGCUGGUGAGCGUGAUGUAUCUGUUGCCUCAAAUGGUGCCUUUUCGUUCCAUGAGCCGUUGACCUCAAGUGGAGACGUAAUUAUCACACCUCACUCUGGCACCCAUCUGUUUGACCCUUCAAGUUUCUCGCUGAGAUUCAGGGGAGAUUGUGCCGAAAAUGUGGUGCAGUUCGUUGCUACUAAAGGAAUAUUUAUCGAUGGAUCGAUUAUUCCGGCUGUGGCUGGUGUG